AUGCAAAUCUGGCAUAUGGAACCGUUCCCAUGCGGAGAUCGUCGUCUUCCGCACCACGUCUUUCCCCCAAAGAAGAUCACGACGACCCAGUUGGCACAGCUCGCUGGAGUUCAGUACUACAAGGUAAGGCUCUUGCUACUAAAUUUUAAUGCUCUUCUUCAAACUGGUACGAGAACUACCGAAAUGAGCUUAGUAUGUGACUACUAUUUCGAAUGAUUUUUUACCAAAUAAUUAGUUGUAAGCUUGUUUAACUUGGUUUGCACACUGGAAACACACAAAUUCCAGGCAACUUCUCUUGAUUCUUGCGUCAAAUUGUUUUUGAAGGCUAGCUUUGUUUUGCUCGCACCAACUUCAAUUCCAAUCAUCUUGAAGCAUCGCGCCCACACGUUUUGUCUUGUAGCAUUGUAGCUAUGCCGUGUAGCUUAUAUCAAGACACAUUUCCAAUGGCAUGCCAUCAAUUUCAAUCUGUCUAUUUGCAAACAAAAUUUCAAUGACAAAGUAUUUCAGGUGGAUCUCGAUGACACGGCGUCGAUGAAGAAGCGUCUUUCGGCGGUGAAGACCGAGAAAAAUGUGACGUUCACCGACGUGUUCACGGUCAGCGAGACGAUGUUGGAGUUUGACGACAAGAUGGAGCAGUUCUACGAGCCGCAGGUCCAGAAGGAAGACGUCAUCUCGCUCGUCGUCGAAGGAGCCUGCUACUACGAUGUGGAGCCGGAGGACGACAACUGGAUCCGUGUGCAGCUGGAGAAGGGAGAUCUGAUUGUGAUCCCCAAGGGACUUUCGCACCGCUUUACCACCACUCCACAGGUAAUUGAACCUCUGAAUGUAUAUGGUCGACCACUGCUUGACUUUUAAUAUUAAUCCAAAGAUGAAUAACCUCCUACACGGUCUCCAGAGCUGACAAUGGGCGCAAGUUCGCCCCGCCCAAUAGAGCGAUACAUUGGCGCGAAAUUCAAAUUUUAGCAGAAAAAUUUGUUUUUUUUUUGCCAGAUUAGCCACGAAAAACUGAUAAUUUCUCAUUUGUCUCUCGAUAGACCGAUUGUAUCGGCAAUCACAAUUUUUUUAAGCGCAAGAGCGUUAAAUUUGGUCAAGUCGCAAAUCACAUUUAUCCGUUUGAAGGUUUUUGGCUAAAACUGCGUGAAUUUAAGUUGCUUUUCGGUGGUUUUCGCGGUUCGAGCGCUCAAAAUGCUUGUAUUUACGUGAUUCAUCAUUCUCAAAACCAAUUCUGUCUGAAAACGGUCAAGAAAGCGCAAAAUGAGAAGUGCGGUUUUUAGGCGGCGAUCGGCGGCUAUCGGCGGUGAAGGCGAAAAAGCGAAGUCCGCGAAAAAUGCGCCAAAACGUCAUUAAUUCUGAGAAAUAGUGUGCUUUCAUGUCGAACAAUCCUUUUUCAUCGCCUUAAGCCUGAGAAUUUCUGGAAAAAGUUUAAGAAAGGCUUAGAAAAGUUUUUAGUGCUUCAGAAAGUUUGAAAAGGUCUUGAAAAAGUUUUUUGUCUUGAGAAAGUUUGAGAAUGUCUUCAGAAGAGCCAAGAAAAGUUUGAAAUUUUACCUGAGAUUUGACCACAAAAAUCAGAGAAAACCUGCUUAAUUCAUGAAAACGCCAUUUGGCCGAGGCCACGCUCAUAUCGUCAGCUCUGGAGACCGUGAUCCUCAUCGACUCGAAUUUCAGAACUUUGUCAAGAUUCAGCGCUUCUUCAGCCGUAAGGUUGAGGGAACUCAAGGAUAA